AUGCCCAGCCCCCCCAUGAGUAGCCUCCUCGGCGCUUCUAUCUUGAGUUCAGCAGCAGCAGCAGCAACAGCAGCAACAGCAGCAGCAGCAGCAACAAUCUGGUUUCCCUGCUGUUACCGGUCAAACAACAAUGGCAAAGCCGGAGAGGACACCCACCCUGGCAACAGCAGCAUUAAGCAGCAGCAGCAGCAGCAGCGGCAGCACAGGCAGCAGAAUCGGCAGCAGAGGCAGCAGCAGCAGCGUGCUCAGCAGCAGCAGCAGCAACAGCAGCACCACUACUACAAAGGAAGAGGCGCAAUGUUGCUUCCCAGCUACAACGGAAAGGGGCCCCUGCAAUCUGCUGCUGUUUUGGAGGCCCCCAGCAGCAGGGGGGGCCCUGUUGCUGGGCCAUUCUGCGGGCUUGGGGACAGUGCCAUGUCGCCUGCCGCAGCAGCAGCAGCUGCUGCGGCUGCUGCAGCAGCAAACACGGUUCCCGCGGGGCUGAGCGCUUCCGCUGCAGCAGCAAGCGGCGCUGCUUCUCCCUUUUGCUUCUCCGCGCCUUCGUGGGGCUACACGAAGCCGGGCCUGCCCUCCAGCAGCAGCAGCGCAGCAGCAGCAGCAGCAGCUGCUGCUGCUGCUGCGCUCCGCGGCCACCGGCGGCCCACUGAGGAGCGGCUGCGGGAGGGAGCAGCACUGGGGAGGCGGGGCAGCCUGGGCAGCCUGAAGGCUGCGCCGCAGCAGCAAGCAACAGCAGCAGCAGCAGCAGCAGCAGCAGCACUGGGUUUCCGCCUAGAGGGGGACUUGGGGGCCCCCCAGGGGCCCCUCAGGGACCUCCGGGGUGUACAAGCAGCUGAGGGUUUGGCUGACAAAUAUCAAACCCCUUUUGUUUGCGUCUAUUUGCCUUCCACAGGAUAUUUAAUUCAUUUUCCGGGGGCCCGGGAGACCGCAGCAGCAGGGGGAGCAGCAGCAGCAGCAGCAGCAGCCGCAGCAGCAGCAGCAGCCGCGGACGCCAACGCCCAGCAGGCCAACUUGCACCCGAAGGGAAAGAGAAACCCCCACGACUUCUGCUCCAGCACGCGCAUGCAGGAAGCAGGAGCAGCAGCAGCAGCAGCAGCAGCAGCAGCAGCACCUUUCUCUCCUUAUUGCUGCAGCUCGGAGUACGAGCAGCAGCAGCAGCACCGACACCCUCAGCAGCACGCCGUCCCCAACACUGCACUGGAGCAGCAACAGCAGCAGCAGCAAAGGCAGUGCUUCUCUAGGGGAGCGCAUGCAGCAGCAAAUCUGUACGCUCCCCAGCACCAGUUCGUGGGCCAGCGGCAGAAUUCGGGCUUUCCGCUGCAGCAGCAGCAGCAGCAGCUGCUGCCGCUGCAGCAGCAACCGCUGCUGCUGCUGCAGGAGCAGCUGCACGGCCUGUGCAUGCCGUCUAAAGCAGACGCAAAGUAUCCUUUAGGAGGCCCUGCUGCUGCUGCUUCCUUCUUUGGGGGGCCCUGCAGCAACGAGAAGCAGCAGCAGCAAAAGCAGCAGCAGCAUAUGCUGGGUGAGCCCACCACAGCAGCAACAGAAGAAGAAGAAACAGCAGCUUCGCAGCUUACGCCCGAAAGCGGCAGCAGCAGCAGCAGCAACGGCAGCAGCAGCAGCGGGUCGUCCUGUGACCUCCUCCAAAGACAGGAAUCCAAGCUGCAUGGAGCUGCUGCUGCCCCUGCAGAACAAGCAGCAGUGGUUGCUGCUGUUGCUGCUGCUGCUAGAAAACGAGAGCAGCAGCAGCAGCAGCAGCACAAGUCCCUGUGGGGCGGAGCCGGGAUAAGUGUACCGGCAGCUGCAGCGCAGCAGCGGAAUUGUUGGGCGCAGGCCGCUCACGACCAGCAGCAGCAGCAGCAGCAGCAGCAGCAGCCCUUCUGGCUGCCCUCUCUUGAGGCCCUCGAUGGGGAGACAGUGUGGCAAGCGAGGGACUGCAGCGGAGACGGAGCUGCUGCUGCUGUUGCUGUUGCUGAAGCAGCGAGUGUAGCUGCGGGCAGCAGCAGCAGCAGCAGCAGCAACGGCGCUCUCUGUGCGGCCAAAAGGAGAGGUGGGAAACAAAACCUUUUUGCUGCUUUUCAAGAUGAGAGACACGCAGCAGCAGCAGCAGCAGCAAGCCCCAGAGAUAUGGGAGAACUCGCGCAGCUGUCCCCCACAGCAGCACUUAUAGCAGCAAUUUGGGGAGCUGAGGAGCCCAACUCCCGCCCAGUUUCGGUUUCUAAGUAUCCGCAGCAGCAGCAGCAGUAG